AUGGUUCUACCGACUUUAAAGGAGCAUCAAUUGUAUGCCAAGUUCUCUAAUUGUGAGUUCUGGCUGAAGAGCAUAUCCUUCCUGGGACAUGUAGUGUCAGAGAAUAGAAUAGAAGUAGAUCCUAAGAAGGUUAAAGUAGUGGCUAAUUUGCUCAGGCUAACUAUAGUGACUGAGAUCAAGAGUUUCUUAGGUUUGGCUAGCUAUUAUAAGAGAUUUGUGCCUAAUUUCUCCAAGAUAGAUGCUCCGGUAACUAGGUUAACUCAGAAAAAUAAGAAGUUUAAAUGGAAUGAUCAGUGUGAGCAGAGCUUCCAGAAGCUUAAAGAGUGUUCGAUUUCAGCACUAGUGCUAGCUUUACCUUCAGGCAAUGAAGAUUUCAUUAUUUAUUGCAAUGUCUCCAAAGUGGGUUUAGGAUGCGUUCUUAUGCAAAAUGGUAGAGCAAUAGCUUAUGUUUCAAGGUAG